AAAAAAAAAAAACAAAAUUCCUCUCAAUAUCUUCUUCUCCUUUGCAACUCCCUGCGCAGCUCCUCUUCUCUCCUUCUACGGUUCUUCCCGCCCGGCUGCCGUCAGGUCCUGAGCUGCUGCCAUCCCUGCAACUGACAGUAUAAUCCUUAACCAUGGAAAAGAAGAAGAGAGGUAGACACCAAAACCCCCAGCCUUUUAUCCCAGAAGAUAAUGAUUCUGUUGCCUCCACCAAGAAACGAGCCAAAGCACCCAAGCACCAUCAGAAGCAAGAACAGAUGAUCUCUUCGGGAAUAAGCUCCAAAAUCCUUAAAGAGGCUCUGAUUCAGCAAAAGGAGAUUCAAGAGGAGGCUGAGGAGACCAAUCCUACUCACAAUGCCUUCGCAGUUGCUGACGGGGAAGCUGUUAGGCAUCAAAAGAUAGAAGACGAACAAGAAGAUGUUGAUGAUUUCAAUGGAUUCUCUGAAACUCAAACCCAGUUCGGCGAUUAUGAUGAUGAGAUUGAUGAGGAAGAGGAGAAAUUACUGGAGGCAUUCUUAUCCAAGGAUGCUGGUCGACAACGCACACUUGCAGAUAUCAUCAUUGAAAAAAUUAAACAAGAGGAUGCAAAUGUUUCUUCAGAAGCACAACCUAUGCCUAAACUGGACGAAUCUCUCAUAGAUAUGUAUAAGGGGGUUGGUGAAUUUUUGAAUAGAUAUACUGCUGGAAAAAUGCCUAAAGCAUUUAAACAUAUUCCUUCCAUCCAACCUUGGGAGGAUGUCUUGUACCUCACUAAACCUGAGAAUUGGUCUCCAAAUGCAAUGUAUCAAGCAACAAGGAUCUUUGCUUCCAAUCUGGGGGGAAAGAAGGCAGAGCGUUUCUAUAGGCUUGUAUUACUUCCUCGAAUCAGAGAUGACAUUAAACAGAAUAAGAGGCUUCAUUUUGCUUUAUAUCAAGCUUUGAAAAAGUCUCUUUACAAACCUGCUGCAUUCAACAAAGGAAUAUUGUUCCCAUUGUGUAAGUCAGGGACAUGCAACCUUAGGGAGGCUGUGAUUGUUGGAAGUAUUAUUCAAAAGGUUUCCAUUCCCAUGCUCCAUUCAAGUGUUGCAUUGAUGAAGCUUGCAGAGAUGGAAUAUUGUGGAACAACAAGUUAUUUUAUCAAGCUUCUCUUGGAAAAGAAGUAUGCGUUACCAUAUCGUGUGGUUGAUGCAGUGGUUUCUCAUUUCAUGAGAUUUCUUGAGGAUACAAGAAUAAUGCCUGUAAUAUGGCACCAAUCACUUCUAGCUUUUGUGCAAAGAUACAAGAAUGAACUGCAGAAAGAAGAUAAAGAUAAUCUGAGAACACUAGUUGGAAAGCAAAAGCAUAAAUUAGUCACUCCGGAAAUUAUCCGAGAGCUAGAUAAUAGCCGCAAUCAUAGAGAGAUGGAUGAUCCCAUGUUAAUAACAUCUCCUGUGUCUGUGAUAAACAAAGUGAUCGAAGAAGACAGGUUUGACAUUCCAGAUGUACCUAUGGAGGAGGAUUGAAUGUUUUGCCCCUCGGUUGGAGAAUGGAGCUUUUUGCUUGUGCAGUUUUGGAUGUUUUAUGAGAAGAAGCUAAUUCAAUUGAGAGAAGUUUCUGAGUGAUUCCAAAAUUUAUUUAUACCCAUUUGUUUCUCUUAAAGCUUUUUGGCACAUUAUUAAUUAUUUAAUGGCUUACAGGUAUUUGUUUCCUCUUAAAGCUUUUAAUAUAUUGUUUAUAGAUAAUUUUUAAAUUAUUAAAAAAUAUCUUCUAUAUUAUGUUCUUCA